UAAUAGAAUGCAAUAAUUUCCAAGGAUAACCCAAACCAACCGAACCCAAAGCCUUUUAAAUUCACAACUCAUAUAUUUAUACCCGCCCCAUCCGUACGACGUACGUACUUACGCCCCGGAAUCCCGCCCGACAAUGCCUCCAAGUCGGCCGGCUACGACCGGCUAUGAACGCCUGGCCCAGGCUGACCAGUUUAGCGACGACGAUUCCGAAGAUGACCCCUUAGCACAGAGCUCCGCGUCGCUUCAACCCCAAUCCGCUCCUCGCUAUGCACCUAUCACCCAACCGAGGCCUCACUCGGGCAUGACGUCGCCCAAAGUGCUUUCGAAACUCAAAUACCAGACGAAGCGAAGGCGAAGCAACUCCGGUGUUGAUCUCAAAGCUAUCAACGCUCGUCUGGAACGAUGGGCCGACGAGAUCGCUUCCAAGUUCAAGAGGGGGAAGGGAAGGGGCAACACGGGUGAAGAAGAGCGCCUGGAAAUUCAUUACAGCGUCUUUCACCCCCCUCAGGGUGUUCGACCUGCGACUGCCGAAACGCUUGCCACCAUGCCCGAGCCCCCUAUGUCCAAACCCGAGUUCGAAGCUAUCGUCGAAAGCGUGCGCGUUGCUAUUGAUCAGGGUAUGCAUCCGAGUUUGAUCACUCAGGGUAGCUCGGGGAGUUAUUUCGCGCGGAACACCGACGGUAAGAUCGUUGGUGUAUUCAAGCCCAAGGACGAAGAACCGUACGCGGCCGGAAACCCGAAGUGGAACAAGUGGAUUCACCGAAAUUUAUUUCCUUGUUGUUUUGGUCGAGCAUGUCUAAUACCCAAUCUCUCAUACGUGAGCGAAGCGGCAGCGUAUGUUCUCGAUUGCCAGCUCCGUACUCACAUAGUUCCUUAUACCGAUGUUGUUUGGCUAUCAUCAAAGUCCUUUCACUAUCCGUAUUGGGACCGUCGGAACUACUACAGGAAGAAGAAACCUCUCCCUGCAAAGCCUGGGAGUUUUCAAGUCUUCCUUAAAGGAUUUAAAGAUGCCAAUGUCUUUCUAAGGGAAAACCCUUGGCCGGAUCAACAUUGGUCUAGCUUCCGCUCAAAUGAGACACAUCGACAUAGGCAAAGGAGAUGGACAGAGAGCUGUCGACCGUCCAGUACACCUGCUCGUGAUGACGGUAGUGAGAGUGAAAAUGAAAGCGAUAGUCCUGAACAACAACCUCUUGGGCCCGGCAACUUCAGGUGGACCGAGUCGCUGAAGCAAUCGUUCCGGGAAGAGCUCGAAAAGCUCGUCAUUUUAGAUUACAUCAUGCGCAAUACGGAUAGAGGUCUCGACAACUGGAUGGUAAAGGUCGAUUGGGAAGCUCAAGCGGUCUCGAUCACUUCCGAACCCCCACAGCUUAACUUAGAUGUAGGGGAAGAAGACGAAGAACAACCUGCAAGGCCUGUGCAAUUACCAAAGAGGGGGAAACCAAGAAGUCCUAACCCUUAUAAAGCCCAGAAACCUAUGAAUGCGACUGGCACGAGUAAGGUUCCUGAUCCCAAGAUCUCAAUCGGCGCGAUCGACAAUUCACUGUCAUGGCCAUGGAAACACCCGGACGCAUGGAGAAGUUUCCCUUUCGGCUGGCUUUUCCUACCAGUCGACCUUAUCGGCCGACCUUUCUCGCAGAAAACGCGAGAUCACUUCCUCCCCCUUCUCACUUCAACGCAAUGGUGGAGCCAGACUUCGCUCGAGCUACGAAAGGUCUUCCAAAAAGACCCGGACUUCCAGGAGAAGAUGUUUUCCAGGCAGAUGGCCGUAAUGAAAGGACAGGCUUGGAACGUUGUCGAAACGCUCAAGACCCCGGAUCACGGCCCGCUAGAGCUUACGCGACGCGCAAGGGUGUGCGUAUGGGACGACUUGGUCGAGGUCCCUGUGGCCGUACCCAUGCGCGCCACGUCAUCCGAAGCGCGCCGCAGGGCAGAGCCCGAGGCUCGCGGGACCAUCGAGGAGGAGAUGGACAUUGGUGCGGUCAACUCGUCAGCGCCUCCCAGCACCACCGUAGAUGACCUGCUCGGGUUCUCCAGCCCGCUGCCAAACCCCGGGCGUUUCGAGCUCGCAAGCUCCCACGAGCAGUCCCCGGAUAGAGGAGCAACUGCGUCCUCCAACCCGUUGGACGCCCUGCCGUCGACCAGCGCCCCCACCCUCCUGCAGCUCUCGCGUCCCCCGCGGUCGAGCUACCAGGGCCCGUCGCGCUCGCAGAUGAACAUGUACACGCCCCGCAAGGAGCGGCGGUACUCCUUCGCGACGGGCAGCUCGCUUACCGCGAAGCUCCACGGUAACGGAAGCGCUUACGACGAGGACGAUAUGGAAGGGGAUUUGGGGUACGCCGCGGCCGAGACCAUGGACGGGAUUAGGCGAAAGGUGAUUGUCGAGCGACUGGAGACUGUCAAGGCUAGAAACCCUGUGUUCACCUGGUGCUAAGCACACCUACUUACCUGCGCGGCAACGUCCAAAGAGCAGCAAAUAAGGAAAGGAGGUCCGCAUGUUU